AGGGAGCGGAAGGUCCCGGGCGGCGCCGGACCCGGUGCUGGCGGCUGUUUUGCUGGCUCUGGUGGGCCUGGCCGGCAGCGGGAAGGGGGCCACGCACCGGGGCGUUGGACCACGUUCUGCCAGACUCCCCGGCCGCGCCGCCAUGAAUCUGGAGCGGCUGCGGAAGCGUGUCCGGCAGUACCUGGAUCAGCAACAGUAUCAAAGUGCUUUAUUUUGGGCAGAUAAAGUAGCUUCACUCUCUCAUGAGGAACCCCAGGACAUUUAUUGGUUGGCUCAGUGUCUUUACCUGACAGCACAGUAUCAUAGAGCAGCUCAUGCACUUCGGUCACGAAAACUGGACAAACUGUAUGAAGCAUGUCGCUACCUUGCAGCUAGGUGCCAUUACGCUGCGAAAGAGCAUCAGCAGGCUCUCGAUAUUCUCGAUAUGGAGGAGCCAAUCAACAAAAGGCUAUUUGAGAAAUACUUGAAGGAUGAAAGUGGCUUGAAAGACCCCUCCAAUGACUGGGAAAUGUCACAGUCCUCGAUAAAGAGUUCUAUUUGUCUUUUACGAGGGAAAAUCUAUGAUGCUCUGGAUAACCGAGCCCUAGCUACCUAUAGCUACAAAGAGGCUUUGAAGCUGGAUGCCUACUGUUUUGAAGCAUUUGAUCUUUUAACAUCACACCACAUGUUGACAGCCCAAGAAGAAAAAGAACUACUCGAGUCACUACCUCUUAGCAAGCUCUGUACUGAAGAACAGGAAUUGCUACGCUUUCUAUUUGAGAACAAAUUAAAAAAGUAUAAUAAACCCAGUGAAACUGUCCUUCCCGAGUCUGUUGAUGGUCUGCAAGAGAAUCUGGAUGUGGUAGUGUCUUUGGCUGAAAGACAUUAUUAUAACUGUGACUUUAAAAUGUGCUACAAGCUUACUUCUGUAGUAAUGGAGAAAGAUCCUUUCCAUGCAAACUGUUUACCUGUACAUAUAGGGACACUUGUGGAGCUGAAUAAAGCAAAUGAACUUUUCUAUCUUUCUCAUAAAUUGGUGGAUCUGUAUCCUAGUAAUCCCGUGUCUUGGUUUGCAGUGGGAUGCUAUUAUCUCAUGGUUGGUCAUAAAAAUGAACAUGCCAGAAGAUACCUCAGCAAAGCAACAACACUUGAGAAGACUUACGGGCCUGCGUGGGUAGCGUAUGGACACUCGUUUGCUGUGGAGAGUGAGCAUGACCAGGCCAUGGCUGCUUACUUCACCGCGGCACAGCUCAUGAAAGGGUGUCAUUUGCCAAUGCUCUACAUUGGAUUAGAAUACGGAUUGACUAAUAACUCAAAAUUGGCUGAAAGAUUCUUUGGCCAAGCGCUAAGCAUUGCACCGGAAGACCCUUUUGUUAUGCACGAGGUUGGUGUGGUCGCAUUUCAGAAUGGCGAAUGGAAAACAGCUGAAAAAUGGUUUCUUGAUGCUUUGGAAAAAAUUAAAGCAAUUGGGAAUGAGGUAACAGUUGACAAAUGGGAGCCUUUGUUGAAUAACUUGGGGCACGUCUGCAGGAAGCUUAAAAAGUAUGCCGAAGCCUUGGAUUAUCACCGUCAGGCACUGGUGUUAAUUCCUCAGAACGCGUCUACCUAUUCUGCCAUAGGGUAUAUCCAUAGUCUGAUGGGCAACUUUGAAAAUGCUGUUGACUAUUUCCACACAGCCCUUGGUCUUAGGCGAGAUGAUACGUUUUCUGUUACAAUGCUUGGUCAUUGCAUUGAGAUGUACAUUGGUGAUUCUGAAGCUUACAUUGGAGCAGACAUUAAAGACAAAUUAAAAUGUUAUGACUUUGAUGUGCAUACAAUGAAGACACUAAAAAACAUUAUUUCACCUCCGUGGGAUUUCAGGGAAUUUGAAGUAGAAAAACAAACUGCAGAAGAAACGGGGCUUGCACCACUGGAAACCUCAAGGAAAACUCCAGAUCCCAGACCUUCCUUGGAAGAAACCUUUGAAAUUGAAAUGAACGAAAGUGACAUGAUGUUAGAGACCUCUAUGUCAGACCACAGUAGUUGACUGCAGACAGCUUUCAGUUCCAUUUUGCCUUGGGGGGCGGGGUUGGGGUUUCCUCACACCCUUAUCCUGUCUUCAGAAUUUCCCAUUUCUUAACCUGAACCCAGACUGCACCUCUACAUUUAGGAACGGGGACCUGCCAGAAAAGACUGGACUGCACACCUUUGCAACAGGUGUUUUCUGAUCCUACAAAACAAUUAUAGGUAGAGGAAUAAAGUGGUAAAUUGAAUAUUA